CGAACGGGGGGCAGUAGGCGCGGGGGCCGCCGCUCCCCGGGGUGAGGCCGCGGCGGGGAGGACGGGCGGCAGCGAGGGAGGGGGGCGCUGUGGCGGUUAGGCGGCGAGGGAGCGGCGGAGCCGGCGCCGCCGAGGAGAGGCGAGACCGGCCGCCCCCCACCCCUCCCCGUCCCCUCCCCUUCGGGCGCGCGCUCACCCCGGCGGCGGCGGCUCCCGGCGAUGUGGUGAGAGGGAGGCGCCCCGCGCUCGCCAGCCGCGGCCGGUGCGUCCGUGAGGGGGGCGCGGGCCGCCGGGGAGCCCCGCGACGCCGUCGCUUCAGGACUUUCAUUGAAUGGAGGAAGACACUUUUUACUAGAGAUAUAACUUGUCUAAAGAUAGCAAGUUUGUGGGAUACAGAAAGUGGAACAGGAUCGCCAUGUUUCGAAACAGUCUCAAGAUGCUUCUCACAGGAGGGAAGUCAAACCGCAAAAACAGGUCCAGUGAUGGAGGGAACGAGGAGCCACCAGACCGAAGACAGGCAAGUGUAGACUCCCGUCAGAGCCGAUCUGGGCAAGGCACCUCCACAGAGAACGACUGUGCUUUUGAACCAGACUACGCUAUUCCGCCACUCCCAGUGACCGAAGGUAUGCAGCACAUUCGGAUUAUGGAGGGCAUGUCCCGCUCCCUUCCAUCCUCCCCCUUACUCACACAUCAGUCUAUCAGUGUUCGGCUCCAACCUGUGAAGAAGUUAACUGCCCCUUUGAGGAAAGCAAAGUUUGUUGAGAGCCCUCGAAUCCCAGAGUCUGAGCUUGGCUCACCAACACUCUCUUCAGCACAGAAACUGGACGUUGAUGCAUACUGCCCUGGUGAUACCGAGCAGGAGCUGGGACCCCCUCCAUCCGUAGAUGAGGCAGCAAAUACACUCAUGACUCGCCUGGGCUUCCUCCUCGGAGAGAAAGUGACGGAGGUACAGCCAGGGCCGCAGUACAGCAUGGAGGUGCAGGACGAGAACCAGAGCUCGGCCGUAACGCAGCGCAUCAGCCCCUGCUCCACGCUGACCAGCAGCACUGCCUCGCCGCCCGCCAGCAGCCCCUGCUCCACCCUCCCGCCCGUCAGCACCAGCGUCACUGCCAAGGAUUGCACCUACGGCGCCGUCACCAGCCCUACCUCCACGCUGGAGAGCAGAGACAGCGGUAUCAUAGCUACUUUGACAAGCUACUCAGAAAAUGUGGAACGCACUAAAUAUGGAGGGGAAAGCAGUAAAGAACUUGGAUCUGGAGGAAACCUGAAACCUUGGCAGUCCCAGAAAUCCAGCAUGGACUCCUGCUUGUACCGCGUGGAUGAGAACAUGACGGCCUCCACCUACAGCCUGAACAAAAUCCCGGAGAGGAACCUGGAGACGGUCUUGUCCCAGUCAGUGCAGUCUAUUCCUCUGUACCUUAUGCCACGGCCAAAUUCAGUAGCAGCCACCAGCUCAGCCCACUUAGAAGACCUUGCUUACCUGGACGAGCAGAGACACACUCCCCUGCGGACCUCCCUCCGGAUGCCGCGGCAGAGCAUGGCCGGUGCCCGCGCGCAGCAGGACCUGCGAGUACGCUUCGCGCCUUACAGACCUCCUGACAUCUCUCUGAAACCACUGCUCUUUGAGGUGCCCAGCAUCACCACCGAGUCUGUCUUCGUUGGCCGGGACUGGGUGUUCCACGAGAUAGAUGCGCAGCUGCAGAGUUCAAACGCCAGCGUCAACCGAGGUGUAGUCAUCGUCGGGAACAUCGGGUUUGGAAAAACGGCCAUCAUCUCCAGACUGGUUGCGCUCAGCUGCCAUGGCACACGUAUGAGACAGAUUGCUUCUGAUAGCCCACAUGCCUCUCCGAAACAUGUGGAUGCAAACCGAGAGCUGCCCUUAACCCAGCCACCCUCUGCUCACUCUUCCAUCACCAGCGGGAGCUGCCCGGGGACGCCAGAAAUGCGCCGGCGCCAAGAAGAGGCCAUGCGGAGACUUGCUUCGCAGGUUGUCGCUUAUCACUACUGCCAGGCUGACAAUGCCUACACCUGCCUGGUGCCGGAGUUUGUGCACAACGUGGCCGCCCUGCUCUGCCGCUCGCCGCAGUUCGUCGCCUACAGGGAGCAGCUCCUGCGCGAGCCCCACCUGCAGAGCAUGCUCAGCCUCAGGUCCUGCGUGCAAGACCCCAUGGCCUCCUUCCGCCGGGGAGUCCUGGAGCCCUUGGAAAAUCUGCACAAAGAGAGGAAGAUCCCUGAUGAAGAUUUCAUCAUAUUAAUUGAUGGUUUAAACGAGGCUGAAUUUCACAAACCAGAUUAUGGAGACACCAUAGUAUCGUUCCUGAGCAAAAUGAUUGGAAAAUUCCCUUCCUGGCUGAAGCUGGUAGUGACAGUCCGGACAAGUCUACAGGAAAUAAUUAAGCUGUUGCCCUUCCACCGAAUAUUUUUGGAUAGACUGGAAGAGAAUGAAGCCAUAGACCAGGACCUGCAGGCAUACAUCCUUCAUCGGAUACACAGCAGCUCGGAGAUCCAGAACAACAUCUCGCUUAACGGCAAAAUGGACAACACUACGUUUGGCAAACUCAGUUCUCACCUGAAGACCUUAAGCCAAGGGUCCUAUCUGUACCUAAAACUCACUUUUGAUCUCAUAGAGAAAGGAUACCUAGUACUGAAAAGCUCCAGCUACAAAGUAGUCCCAGUGUCUCUGUCAGAAGUUUACCUGUUGCAGUGCAAUAUGAAGUUCCCAACGCAGUCUUCCUUUGAUCGCGUUAUGCCUCUCUUGAAUGUGGCAGUGGCAUCUCUGCAUCCAUUAACAGAUGAACAUAUUUUUCAGGCCAUUAAUGCAGGUAACAUUGAGGGCACUUUGGAGUGGGAUGACUUUCAGCAGAGGAUGGAGAACCUUUCUAUGUUUCUUAUCAAACGUAGAGAUAUGACGCGAAUGUUUGUUCAUCCCUCUUUCCGAGAAUGGCUUAUUUGGAGAGAAGAAGGUGAAAAGACCAAGUUUCUCUGUGAUCCUAGGAGUGGCCACACAUUACUUGCCUUCUGGUUUUCCCGUCAGGAAGGAAAACUAAAUCGACAGCAAACUAUUGAACUGGGACAUCACAUUCUCAAAGCACAUAUUUUUAAGGGGCUGAGUAAAAAAGUUGGGGUAUCUUCCUCCAUCCUGCAAGGGCUUUGGAUCUCCUACAGUACCGAAGGUCUUUCGAUGGCUUUGGCGUCUCUGAGAAAUCUCUACACCCCAAACAUAAAGGUCAGUCGCUUGCUGAUUUUAGGAGGUGCAAACGUGAAUUAUCGGACCGAAGUUCUGAACAACGCCCCCAUUUUGUGUGUCCAAUCUCACCUGGGUUACACGGAGAUGGUGGCUUUGCUCUUGGAGUUUGGGGCCAACGUAGAUGCAGCUUCGGAAAGUGGCCUGACCCCCCUUGGCUACGCGGCUGCCGCUGGAUUUCUAAGUAUCGUCGUGCUGCUCUGCAAGAAACGGGCCAAGGUGGAUCAUUUGGACAAAAACGGUCAGUGCGCUCUGGUUCACGCUGCUCUCAGAGGACACUUGGAGGUGGUGAAGUUCUUGAUCCAAUGCGACUGGACCAUGGCUGGGCAACAGCAGGGAGUGUUUAAGAAGAGCCACGCCAUCCAGCAGGCACUGAUCGCUGCGGCCAGCAUGGGUUACACCGAGAUUGUCUCCUACCUGCUGGAUCUUCCAGAAAAAGAUGAAGAGGAGGUGGAGCGAGCACAAAUCAACAGCUUUGACAGCCUUUGGGGAGAGACAGCUCUGACGGCAGCGGCCGGGCGCGGGAAGCUGGAGGUCUGCCGGCUCCUCCUGGAGCAGGGUGCUGCGGUGGCACAGCCCAACCGCCGCGGGGUCGUUCCGCUCUUCAGCGCCGUGAGACAGGGCCACUGGCAGAUCGUAGAUCUCUUACUCACACACGGCGCUGAUGUGAACAUGGCAGACAAGCAGGGGCGGACGCCGCUGAUGAUGGCUGCAUCUGAGGGACAUCUGGGCACAGUGGAGUUCCUGCUUGCACAAGGUGCCUCCAUUUCUCUAAUGGACAAGGAGGGCCUGACAGCCCUCAGCUGGGCUUGUCUGAAGGGACAUCUCUCCGUGGUGCGUUCCCUGGUGGAGAACGGGGCUGCCACCGACCACGCGGACAAAAAUGGACGCACGCCGCUGGACCUGGCAGCUUUUUACGGCGAUGCAGAGGUGGUUCAGUUUCUGGUGGACCAUGGGGCCAUGAUCGAGCACGUUGACUACAGCGGGAUGCGCCCCCUCGACAGGGCGGUGGGGUGUCGCAACACCUCGGUCGUCGUCACUCUCCUGAAGAAAGGAGCAAAGAUAGGUUGUCAGACGUUACCGAGUCGCCCACGAGGUCCAGCAACAUGGGCGAUGGCAACCUCCAAACCAGACAUCAUGAUCAUCCUGUUGAGCAAGCUGAUGGAGGAGGGAGACAUGUUUUAUAAGAAAGGUAAAGUGAAAGAGGCCGCCCAGCGCUACCAGUAUGCUCUGAAAAAAUUCCCCAGGGAAGGGUUUGGAGAAGACCUGAAAACCUUCCGUGAGCUGAAAGUGUCUCUCCUUCUCAACCUCUCCCGAUGUCGAAGGAAAAUGAACGAUUUUGGAAUGGCGGAGGAAUUUGCUACUAAAGCACUGGAGCUGAAACCGAAAUCUUAUGAAGCUUACUAUGCAAGAGCAAGGGCCAAACGCAGCAGCAGCAGGCAGUUUUCAGCAGCCCUGGAGGACCUGAACGAGGCCAUCAAGCUCUGUCCCAACAACCGUGAGAUUCAGCGGCUGCUGAUGCGGGUGGAAGAGGAGUGCAGGCAGGUGCAGCAGCAGCAGCAACAGCAGCAGCCACCGCUCCCGGUGGAGCCUGAACCUGAAGCCCAGCACGAAGAGCUGUAUUCUGUGCAAGAUAUCUUUGAGGAGGAAUACCUUGAGCAGGAUGUAGAAAACGUUUCCAUUGGCUUGCAGACAGAGUCCAGGCCAAACCAAGGGCUGCCCAUCAUCCAGAGCCCACCCCCAUCCCCAGCUCACAGGGACUCAGCCUAUAUUUCCGGCUCACCUCUUGGCUCUCAUCAGGUCUUUGAUUUCAGGUCCAAUAGCUCCGUGGGUUCGCCAACCAGGCAAGGGUACCAGCCCACGUCUCCGGCUCUGUCUCCGACGCACCAAAACUCGCAUUAUAGACCCAGUCCUCCGCACACGUCCCCUGCUCACCAGGGCUCCUCUUACCGCUUCAGCCCACCUCCUGUCGGAAGUCAAGGGAAGGAAUAUCAAAGCCCACCACCUUCUCCUCUUCGCAGAGGUCCUCAGUAUCGCGCCAGCCCCCCAGCAGAAAGCAUGAGCGUUUAUAGGUCACAGUCCGGUUCCCCGGUUCGUUAUCAGCAAGAACCUAGCGGAGUCAGCCAGCUCCCUGGUAGACCAAAGUCUCCGUUAUCCAAGAUGACGCAGAGGUCUUUCCAGAUGCCCCAGCUCCCCGUGGCCGUGCCGCAACAGGGGCUGAGGCUGCAGCCGGCCAAGGCGCAGAUCGUGAGGAGCAACCAGCCCAGCUCCGCCGUCCAUUCCAGUACUGUAAUCCCAACCGGUGCUUACAGCCAGGUUGCCCACUCGAUGGCCAGCAAGUACCAGUCAGCGUCAGGGGAAAUGGGGGUUAGCCAGAGCAGGUUGGUCUACCAGGGCUCUAUCGGGGGCAUCGUCGGUGACAGCAGACCAGUGCAGCACGUUCAGGCGAGCCUCAGCGCGGGAGCCAUCUGUCAGCACGGAGGUCUGGCUAAAGAAGACCUUCCCCAGAGACCGUCCUCGGCGUACAGGGGGGGUAUGAGAUACAGCCAGACACCUCAGAUCGGGCGAAGCCAGUCCGCUUCCUACUAUCCAGUGUGUCACUCAAAGCUUGACCUGGAACGUUCUUCCCUCCCCGCCAGCCAGCUGGGCUCUCCAGAUGUGUCUCAUCUCAUAAGAAGGCCCAUCACAGUUAAUCCCAGCGAAAUCAAGCCUCACCCGCCAACUCCAAGGCCCCUGCUCCACUCUCAGAGCGUUGGCCUCCGCUUCUCUCCUUCCAGCAAUAGCAUCUCCUCCACCUCCAACCUGACUCCCAACUUCCGCCCUUCUGCUUCGAUCCAGCAAAUGGAGAUUCCUCUGAAGCCAGCUUACGACAGAUCGUGCGAUGAACUUUCUCCGGUCUCUCCCACGCAGGGGGGUUACCCCAGCGAGCCAGCCCGAUCCCGGACCACGCCGUUCAUGGGAAUCAUAGAUAAAACCGCUCGGACUCAGCAGUACCCCCAUCUCCAUCAGCAGAACCGGACCUGGGCUGUGUCGUCAGUGGACACUGUCAUUAGUCCUACAUCUCCUGGCAAUCUCCCCCAGCCAGAAUCAUUUAGCCCGCCUUCUUCAAUCAGCAACAUUGCCUUUUAUAACAAAACCAACAAUGCACAGAACGGCCAUUUGCUAGAGGAAGACUAUUACAGCCCCCAUGGGAUGCUGGCCAAUGGGUCCCGGGGAGACCUCCUGGAGAGAGUCACCCAAGCCUCCUCGUAUCCCGACGUCAAGGUGGCAAGGACGCUGCCUGUGGCGCAGGCCUACCAGGACAACCUGUACAGGCAGCUCUCCAGGGACUCCAGGCAAGGGCAGACAUCCCCAAUCAAACCAAAGAGACCAUUUGUGGAGUCUAAUGUGUAAAAGACGCUUGUUGGAGUAAGACCCUCAUGUUUUCAGCACACACUUCCAAGCUUGAUUUCCAUGCAUAUUAUUAUUAUUUUUAUUUCUCUUUGGUAGCUACAUGACCAAGUUCUCCGGUACUUUGUGUGGUGGUCAGACAGCCAUGCACGUGCUCCAGCCCUUUCGUUCCCCAGCUGACCGUGAAGCCAACAUCAGCCGAGCCAGUAUCGUUUGCCCAAUUCCAGCUAAGUCCCCACCAGGAUAUCUUAGUACGUGGUGCGGGGUGGUCCAGAAAUAUCCCCUACGCAGCGGGAGGUAACCAGCUCUUUUUCAAGAGACAAUCGUGUUCGAUUUAAAUCGGUUUCUUUUGGCUCAGCGAGCUCUUAAUUCUGAUGGGAAUUCCUAGCGGGAGCAGAGCAGGGAUCACAGGAGCCUUUCCCAAGGCUGCAUCCGCAGGUCCCCAUGCCAGCCGGGUCGUUUGGCUCUUUGCCCCCAAAGAGCAGAUUGUCCGCAGCGAGCAAAGGCACGAUGUGUUUCAAUAUCAAGGAGCUGUGCACUAUAACCAUCAUGCUUCAUCUGGUUUAUAGCAGUUUAAUCCGAAUUGGAUUCCUUCGUUAUUUAAUGGCAUCAUCGGCCAGAAGGGGUGGGGAUCACAAGAUGCUUUGCUACUUUGCAAGCUACCAGCCAGGUGCCCCGACACUGGUUUGCUCUGGGGCAUUGUACAAGCAUUGAGAGUUUAAAGUUGGCCCUUCGUGUGCAUUUUAAUCAGCCAAGGGAAUUGGCCAGAAACCUCUUGCGCGUGAACUGGGAUUGCAACAGCAACUUCUUCACACCGUUAGCAAACGACUGCACCUCACACACAGCACCACGUUUUCACCAGGACAGUUUAAUGUUGGGGGUUUCAUUUGAUGGGGUUUUUUUACUUGCAAGGAAAAACAAAAAUCUGACUUAGAAAAUGGUAUUCAAGGAGGAAAAUUGCAAUUUUAAAAUUUUUUAUUAAUUUUUUAUGAUGAGGAUGCAUAACACGGCACGAGGGUUCCUGAGACAGGAAGGGUCCGUCCGCAAACCCAGCCCUGCAGCAUCCCUUCCCUUCGACCGGCUCCCACUGGGGAGCCAGUGCCGUAGCGAGGGCUGCGCUCCUCUGAGCAUUUCCCGAAAUCUUGGAAAGCGAUUGCCGUGUGCUGUACCUGCAAAUAGUAGAGACCACCUUUUGCUUUUUAAGGAUCUGUAGUUAAGAGAGAGAUAUUUAUAAUUUAUUUAUGCAAUCUAUUUCAGGACAUUUUUUUGGUUUGGAUUGUUUUUUUCUAUUUUUUUUUUUUUAUCAAAUACAAAUCACAUCAAGACAGUGUGAAAAGCAGGAGAUGCUUCCAAAAUCCUUUUUAUAGGAUUUUCAAUAAUUUUUCAAUUAUUCUCUGAAAUUUUUUGGGGGGUGGAGGGACUUUCUUUACAGAUUCAUUUAUCACUGGUGGGUUUGUAAUCUGGCUUUUCAGUUACUGAGGGUGAAGGGUGGGACGAUCGGGGGGGGAGAGCGAUAACCCUGUAGCUUGUUUUAAAGCAAAAUAGUGCCUGUUGCCCGAUGCCGAACCUCACUCAUAUCAACUCCUAAGAGCGAUUUCAGUGCCGAGCAGGAGGAGCGAUACCUUUCGGUGUUUCCAAAGGGCUAUGCGAAUAGAUGGCAAGACUUCUUGAACCAAAUCAUGGGAUCCAACCUCCGCUGGUGUAAAUGAGCAUAUCCCCAGCGCGACAUCAGUGCAGCUACAUCCAUUUACACCAGAUAAGGACUUGGCCCAGAACUCUUUAGCAAACCCUGGCUUUGAUGGGGCUGUUGGUAUUUUUUUUCUCUGUGUGGAUUAGCACAUCUCGUUGCUAUUUCGUUGCCUAAUUUGCUCAGAGCAAACUGGGACGUGCACAUCUUGGGACGAUGGAGGCUUGUGUCUUGUAGACACCUUGAGAGCGUUCGGGGAGGGGGGGCAUUCCUCCACGGGGUCUGGAGAUUUUUGGGCUCUUUUGGGCUAUUUAGUGUUUGUCCAAGCCAGUACUGGAUUGAGGUUGGUGUUUUCUUUCUCGAGGUGCAGCCCAGCGCUGACUCUGCUUUCUUACAGGGCUCUGUAAAGUGGGGUGGGCUGGGAGACCCCUCGGUAGGGCGGGCUGCCCGCGGGGACAGUCAGCUCCGUGCACUAUUUCUCUCCUUGCAAAGGAGGUGUAAUGAUUUUUUUUUUCUUCCUCUCUUUUUUUGAAGCAGCAUGUUCUGCUUCGUAAGGAUCACAGUUCUCCUCCGCGUAGAGUGACCUAUAGCUGGUACGUGCUUGUCCGUGGGUCUGGAGUAGCACCAGUCGCUUUCCCCAGCGCCUCCCAUCCUCCAGCUUUCCUGAACGAGUGAGUGGCUUCCUGCCUUUAGUUGCUUCUUUGAAAGGAAAAAGUAACCAAAUUCAGCCCCGUCCCUGUUUCGUACGGCCGAGUGAGAUGCGCUACGGCCGUGAGCCGGUUCUCUCCGCUGAGAUGAAACGGGAUGGUCCGAGAGCAGCGAUGGGAGAGCUGCCCCUGCUUUGCUUUCGCUAUUUGCUGCCAUGUGCUCCCAGUCCUUCCGAAACGUCCCCUCACAGCACUUCUGUGUAUAACUUUUGGGUUUAUGAAGAUGUUUUAAGGGAAAAAGAAAACAGCUCACACUUUUAACACAAACACCAAGCUGAAAGAAGGCUUAAAUACUGCGGUGUGCAGGUUUUUUCACAAUACCACAUGUUACAUUUUUCACAGGAUUCUUGCACUAAUGGUUUUCCAUCUGUUCUCUCUGUAAAUGGGUGCACUUUACUGUUUGAAUUUGUUACUAUGACAAAUACUGGAUAUUUAAGCGUGAGUAGUGUCUUCAUUAGAAAAUAGCAAAACAGCUCUUGUCUCUUAGUGUAUUUUUAAAAAAAAAAAAAACAAAAAACAAAGCAAUGAAUCAUAACAUUUAUAGCACAAGAACUGACUCUUGUAUAUAAGCAUCAGCAGAUUGAUUAAUUUUUAAAUACAAAAUUAUUUGCAGUGGUUUUAAAGCACUUCCCCAGCAGUUCUCUUAGGGACAGUUGAGGCAGGAUGGCUGCUGUGGUUCCCAGGUGGGUGAGGAGCACGCCUCUCCGAGGAAAAGCUGUUCUUUACACAGUUCCCGUGUCCUCAGAGUCACAGUUCAGAUUUGGCAUGGACGGAAAGCAGAGGUCGUUUCGUAUUGUGCUGUCGUGCGCGGUCCUGCUGAGGAGCGCGCUGCUGUACGCGUGGCUCGGUGGGGCGCCAGGCUCAGCCUCACCUGACGUCCCUUCAUGCUGUCAUCUUAGACCCGGAGCUGACAAGCCCGGGCCACAUUGCGGGAGCGUGCGCAGAUUUUCAGACACGGUGUUGUGUUGUCCGUCCAUGCUACAUGUUUAAUUACUCUUUGAGCAAUUAAGAUGUGGGACGAUGCUGCCAGCCAGCACCUCCAUCCCCUCCCCAGCUGCAGUGGCACUGCUGACGAGCCCCCGUCUUGCGAGCGAGUAGGAUUCUUAGGUGCACCAAGUAAACCAGGUUCUCGAUGACAUUGAAACGUCCGGGUUUGGUUCUUGGGGCGUGUUGGGUAGGUGACGCUGAGGCCGAGCCCUGUGUUCGGCUGACCUUCCCACCGGGUGCCUCUCAUCCUCGGCCCACAGCCACUCCGAGAGCUGGGUGUGCCGCCGUAAAGCCGAAAUCUUCUCUCCCAGCUUCGGGUGUGGGUGUCUGACACAUCCCCGGUGGGGAUUCACCGGCUCUUGCUUUGUCUCCCAGGCUGGGAGGAUGCUCCGGUCCCAGGGGAGGGGACGCCCACCUGGUGCGGGGCUCUGCAGGGGUCCCCACCAGCCAGGCUGGGAAUGGCAUUGGAGGGCUUUGAAAGCAGUCGUCAGUGCUUAGGAAAGGGAAGGUUUUACGAAGACAGAUCCCUUGGGAUCCGUCCCCAGAGGCGAAAGCACCGUGCAGCCUGAGCCACCUUCUCUGUGCCGCUGCUUGGGAGGGCACAGGCUGGCCGGCUCCCGACAAACCGAGGCGUGUGUAUGUCUGUCCGUCUGCCGCCUGGCACCAGUGCCUGCAGGUGGGUCCGUCCGAGCACCGAACUUUUUGGGUUUUUUUUUUUCUUUAACCUGGCUGUAAAGAAAACUGCUUGGCUAGUGUGAACAUUUGUGCGUGCGUAUGACAAACACCUAAGCCAUACUUGGAUUAGGUCCGGAACCAGGGUGGCUAUUAAAUUUAGAGCGAUUCAGUCCCCUUGUAUAAAGGCUGCUGUAUAUUCAGGGUUACCCAGAAGAAGUCUAGCUAAAACCGAAGUGCCAGCUCCGCCUUAUCUAGAGAAACAAGCAAGCCGGCGUGCCUGCUCGUCCUCCACCUUCCUUGCAAAGGUGGGUCUGCGGUGAGCUGUCGCGAGCUCUUUGGUGGUUGUACUUUGCUUUAGUCUUGGGAAUUCAAGAUAACUCUUCUACCGGGAUUAAGUGUUUAACCAAGGGCUUAGGGGAAGAGCUGUUGUACCCGCUGGGACCUCUGCGGAUAAAUGCCUUCACCCCGUGCCGGUUGCUCUACGCAAAGUCUGGUGGGGUGCGUGUUGGACACAAAGCACAAUGGUUGAAAGUUAACGUGCGGAUUUUUUUCAGAUUUGUGUGAAUAAUUGCUGGAUUUUCAUUCAAUCAAACUCUUUUUUCUAAUAUAAACCACUAAGGGCUCAAUUCUUUAGCAAGAUGCAUUCGUGUCCAACUCCUGACUAUACAGCUGGAUCUCACCACAACUGUUACAGACCUACCCAAGAGAAAACACAGCUAGUGCGACUGUCACCGGGAAAGCCAAUGGACACCAAACCCAUCUGCCGUAUCCGUUCCUCCUGCUCAUUUUCUAGCUGUCACAGUACUGAGGAGUCAGCAGCCGGGUCCCAUCCGAUGGGAUCGCAUCCUAUAGUCGCGAAAACAGAGGGCUGCUUUUCCAAAAGACUUUGUCCCUUCUGGGUGACGCUGCCCGGGGACGCCGCUGGGGCUGCAGGUCGUCUCCUCCAGCAGGUCGGGGUCGUGCUGGGCGGGUGGGAGAACCUCACGCCCAGGGAAUUGGGUCACUUCACCGUGGGUCUGCCUCGCUGUGCACUGAUAAGCCAGACACUGAGAGCAGCACUGUGUGCUACGUAAAGUCCUUUUUGUUGUUCCACCCAGAGACUCGCGUGGACUCUGCCAGUACUGCCGGUGUCAUCCCUGUCCAGCCUUUUCUUUCCCAUAGUGUUGCAUUCAGCGUCUCAUCUCCCUUCUGUCUUCACAUCCGAGAGGAUCUGAGUUUGGUACAAACACGUACAGUACACACACCUUGUGCUUUGUACAAUUCCCUGGUUGCCAUCCUCUGAGACACUUGCUGGGAAGAUCUUUAAGACACUUAAAUUUUCCUUUAGCUUUUCUAUAAUUCUGAUGUAAAGGACUUUCUCUGUACAGUAUAUUAUUCAAUGCAUGUUCUGUUCUCUCUACUGAUAUAUUGAACACCACACAGUUGUGAUAUUGUGCAGUGGGAAGAGCAGCCCCUGCCGACAGCAGAGGCCUUUGCCUCUCAUGUAUAAGGAAAGAAGAAAACAUAUUUUUUCCUUUGCUGUAUUUGCUUGAGCAGAGUUUUCUUGUCUGUACAUGUGAGCUGUGAGAUAGAUGUGAAAAGUUCAAAAGAAUGCUCCCCCCCCCGCCAAUGUAUACAGAUUGUAAUCUGUACAAUGAAAACUGUAUGUAUGAAAAAAUGUACUUAUUUAUAAAUGGUUAACACUUGGAAA